AGCAGCAACAGCAACGCCAGCAGCAAUAGCAACGCCAGCAGCGACAGCAACGCCAGCAGCGGCGGUGCGAAUUCGGUGUGAAUUUUUCUACAAAACUCAGGCCCGCCCUUAUGCUGGCCAACAUUCGCGAUUGUGAUACGGAGCAUAAGGCCGCUAUGUGAGCGCUGUUAAACCAAAGUCUGACCUUCACACACUGUCGAAAUUUUGCACAACUCUUGCCACAACAACCGGUAGCAGCCGACAAACAAACACAUCACGAAACAAACAACCAAACAAACAAGCAACAAGAAUAAUACAACAAUCAAGUAACAGCGAGCAGCAAUCGACACAAAAGUUCCUAAAUCAAAGUCUCAUUUUGUACGCGCACACAAGUUCCUAAGUAGCAAAAAGCCAGCAAAACAAGCGCAACAUCAACAGAACAGCAGCAACAGCAACAGCAACAUCACAGCAGCAACUUCAGCAAAAAACAGCAACAUGACAGCACUGGGAUUAGUUCUGCUAUCAAUGAUGGGCUAUAGCCAGCACAUGCAUCCGGCUAAUUUGGGCGAUGGAGUGGACACCGCUCGACUUCUGUCCCGCUCAGACUGGGGCGCCCGCCUGCCCAAAUCCGUGGAGCACUUCGAGGGUCCCGCUCCAUACGUGAUCAUCCACCACUCGUAUAUGCCGGCCGCGUGCUUUAACACUCCGGAUUGCAUGAAGAGCAUGCGCGACAUGCAGGACUUCCACCAGCUGAAGCGUGGAUGGAACGACAUCGGCUAUAGCUUUGGAAUCGGAGGCGAUGGCAUGAUCUACACCGGAAGGGGAUUCAACGUUAUCGGAGCUCAUGCACCCAAGUACAAUGACAAGAGCGUGGGCAUCGUGCUGAUCGGAGAUUGGAGAACUGAACUGCCGCCCAAGCAGAUGCUGGACGCGGCCAAAAACCUGAUCGCCUUCGGGGUGUUCAAGGGCUACAUUGACCCCGCGUACAAGCUGCUGGGGCACAAACAGGUGCGUGACACCGAGUGCCCUGGAGGCAGGCUGUUCGCGGAGAUCUCCGGCUGGCCGCACUUCACCCAACUAAACGCCACAGAGGGCAGCACUCCUGCCCCGGUUGAACCGCACGCACAUCCCCAGGCGGUGCCCCAAUCGACACCCCAAACCCCGCUGCCAGCUGCUCCCAAGGUUUAGUUAGGCCCUGGGACCCUCAUACCCAGCAAAGCAGUUUAAGAGAAGCCACAACGAGCUCGGCUCCCCGCACAACGCCAAGGAGUUCAUUCAGUAUUCAUUAGAUGUCUCUUCGAACAUUUCACAAAUAAAGCAAUUUCUAGAUGAUAACACUUAAA